AUGAGGGGCGUAAUCGUUUUGUUGCUUUUUUAUUUGUCGAUGAGGAAACUGAGUUGUUACAUGCUAAAGAACGUGUGUCCUCAUGAUGAGGUUCACAAAUCCUGUACCUUCUAUGAGGAGUACACCUGCUAUGAGGACGAGAAGAAGAAAAUGAGAGUGAAGUCUAUCCCCAAACGAUUGCCGCAUUGUAGGGCUGGGUGCUAUUGCAGAAAAGGGCUGGUGCGUGAGUUCCCGCAAGGUUCGUGUAUUUUGGCUAUGUCUUGUCGCAACCAAGAAUUGCAAAGAAUUUUUAAUAGUCUGCCAGCAUCGUUUAUUGACUUCUAG